AUGUCGGUUGACGCUCACCCAGAUCCGUCUGGAGCGGCCGUCGCCGAGCCUCGCCCGACCACUCCAGAAAACAACAACGCCUCCAACAUUUCAUCCCGCGCGGAGCCACCCCAACCCGGCAGUGCUCAGUCAUCCCACACGACUCCGAAGACAAAGAGGAAGCCGAGAGGCAGUGCGGCACCAGCGACGCCAACGCGAACGUCCCCUAGGAAGGCGGCGCACGCUAGUCAGUCUCAACCUGCGCCCGCCCCGGCUCCUCCUGUCGGUGCGACCUCCACCCCGGUGGCACCCGAAGUCGCUCAGCCAUACUGCUUCAACAAUCCCCACAAGACCGAUGAGUCCGAGCCCGAGCCGAUACCCGAAGACGUUUACGUGUGGCCGGAGGAAGACCCGGAGGCGACUCGCGGCAUUCCAAUCUUCAAGCCAUCGAUGGAUGAGUUCAAGGUAUGUGAUCCCGGAGGAAGGCAUCUGACACGGCAGGAUUUCGCUCAGUACAUGGAGAAAGUGAGACCGUGGGGCGAGCGGUCUAGCAUUGUCAAGAUUGUUCCACCGCAAGAAUGGGUUGAUGCAGUACAACUCAUCGACAAGCGCGCGAUGCAAGAGCUGGAGAUCCGCAGCCCGAUCGAGCAACGCAUGAUGGGCCGUAAUGGCGUCUUUGUCCAACGCAACAUCGAACGAAACCGCAGUCGACCGCUGUCAAUACACGAAUGGUUCGACAAGUGCUCGCAGAAGGACUUCUUCACCGCUAGCCCAAAGGAGAUUGACAGGACUACGAACCGUGACUCUAAAGAGGUCAAGGAAUGGCUUGCGAAGAAGAAGGCCGAGCGUCAAGAAAAGGCCAAGAUUCGGAAACAGAAACUGGAGGCUGCUGCCGAACGCAAAAGGCAACGGGAGGCCGAAGCUGCCGCUGCCGCCGCCGCCAAGGAUUCGUCCAAUUUCGAUGUUCCGACAGAGGUCGCGAGUGCAGCACCGGAGCCCUCUGAGAAGAUGGACGUCGAUGAUAUCCCGGCGCUGGAGCACGACUCGAAUACGUCCAAGUCUGAGCAGGAGCCGAUGGCUAAGACACCUCCCGAAACGCCUGAAGAGGAGCCUCUCGACCCAUUCUAUGAGGAGACCGAUCUCAGCCGAGCUUGGCUCCCCGAGGGCGUCGAACCCGCCGACUACACCGUGACGGGAUGUGCUGGGAUCGAGCGCAAGUUCUGGAAGCAGAUCGGCAUGUCGACGCCCAGCUGGUACGGCGCCGAUCUGCCCGGAUCCCUGUUCGCCGAUCCGUCAUACCCGUGGAACGUGGCGAACCUGCCGAACAUGCUGAACAAACUGCCUAGGAAGCUACCUGGUGUCAACUCGCCGUAUCUCUACUUUGGAAUGUGGCGAGCGGCAUUCUCAUGGCAUGUUGAAGACAUGGACCUCUACUCCAUCAACUACAUCCACUUUGGAGCCCCGAAGUUCUGGUACGCUGUCCCUCAGGCUAAGGCGGAGCGUUUCGAAUCCAUCGCCAAGACCUUCUUCCCUACCGAUGCCAACCACUGCGACCAAUUCAUGCGUCACAAGUCGUGCACCCUGUCACCAACGAUGCUUCGAGACCACGGCAUUCCCGUGAACAAGCUCGUGCACAACCAGCACGAGUUUGUCAUCACCUUCCCUCGCGGCUACCAUGCUGGUUUCAAUAUGGGUUUCAAUUGCGCUGAAAGUGUCAACUUUGCAUUGCCUAACUGGCUGGAGCUCGGGCGCAAGGCCAAGGCGUGCACCUGCGUCAACUUCAGUGUCACUAUCGACGUCGAUUAUCUCACCGGAGACCGGCCAUUCACACCCGAAAGCAGCGACGAUGAAGAGGAACAAGAGCGAGUCGCCAAGCGUCGGAAGAAAGAGGCGCCGCCGCCACCGCCGCCUGUCGAGGAGCCCGCACCUGUCAAGCUACCAAUCAUCCGCAUCAAACGCCCGCAACAGAUCGUGCCCUUGACGCCUGAGCCACCACAAAAGCCGUCUGUCACCCGCGAGAUCCCCAAUUAUCCGUGCAUCCUUUGUCCCUCCCUUGUUGCGGAUGAUCUCGCCCGCGUGUUCGAGCCAUCUGAACACCUGAAAUCGAUGACCAUAACGCCUGAAGUCCUGGCGCAUUCUUCGUGUGCGGUGGCUAUCCCUGAGGCGUACACAGAGGAUGUGGAGGUGGAUGGCAUCAUGAUCACCUAUGUCAAGGGGCUGAAUGAUAUCGGAAAAGACCGAUGGAAGCUCAAGUGCUCGGCCUGCAUCGACAAACGAACCGCUCGACGGGGUACCAAGAUCCAGUGCACAAAGGGCAAAUGCCUCCGUGCAUAUCACGUCCCUUGUGCGCGCGAAAAUCCAGAGGUUCACUACUUUGCGGGGGUGAAGCCUGCACCGGCGGCCGAAGGAGGCACAGCCGCGGAAGGCUCGGAACAAGCAGGAGGUGGGGAGUUUGCGGUCGAACUCUUGUGCCCUACGCACAACCCUGCAAUGAUCGAAGUGCGUAAGCAGAGGGCGGAGGAGCAGCUGUACCGCAAGGUGCAUGCAGUGCAACCCGGAGGCUUCAUCAAGUUCAAGAAGUCUGGUGUGUCGUAUGCAGCCGAGCUGCUGGAAAUCAAGGACGAGACGCGUCGCGCGGUUGUGCGACUACCCAAUCUUACGGUGACCGAGGUUGCCUGGAAUGCGCUUGAUUUUCGAUCACACGAGAUCAAAAUGCAAGAGAACGAGUAUGCUGGACCACCCAAACGCAGUCGCAAGGACGCCCAAGCGACAGCGGCAACGACGACAACGACGACACUGCCUGCGUCCCCCGUAUCUCUGCCGAGGUCCUCUGCCGCUCCUUCGGCCGCACCGUCCGCACCGCCCGCGCCAGGGGAGGUGACCGAUACAUCCUCCAGGCAUUCGGGGCUAGUUACGCCCGUGCCGUCUGCGCAGCCGCAAGAUCCGCAAGAGCUCAAGGAACUUAUGGCGGCCGAGGACAAAGAGGUUACAAACCCGCCGUCACCUCAUGCACGCUCUGUAGACCCGCAUGACCCUCGGGCGCGGCCUUUAGAUAGCGAGUGUCCCCCAGGUGGCCCUGCUGGUUCGCAUGACCCCCGGCCGUUUCCAGCACCAGGGGCCGUCGUAGCCCCAGCACCCCCGCUCGCCCCCGGGCGUCUGGGAGGGCCAGCGGCCCCACCUGCCCCAUCAGCAGCUGGGCGUGCGCCUCAAUUGCCCUCAUUUGCGCCUCGAUAUCCGGCAGACUCGAUUCAGGAUACCCUGGGCAUCCUGGGCACGGCUACCCUGGACCUCCACCUGGGCCUCCUCCAGGCCCGCCUGCUCACCUGGUGUCUGGCCCCCCUCCUCUUCAGAGCCCUCCCGCCGCCGCACCCAGGCUACCAUCCCAACCACCACCCGCACCCAGCACAUAACUUCUACCACCCUCCUCCCGCUCACCACCACCCUCCCCCUCCUCCUCCUUAUCCUCACCACCAACACCACCAUCCCUUUGCCCACCCUCACCAACCGGGCGGUGGAUGGUCUAGGUCAGAAUCCGCAGUGCCUCCUCCUCGUCUCCCUCCCCCGCAUCUCCCCGCCGCCCACGCCCACCCUCCGAUUGGUUACCCCACCACGCGUGUAUCUUUGCCUCCACCUCCGAGACCGACGACGUACGUUCAACACCGUACGCAAGGAAUCAACAUAGUCCCACGCGAAAUGACCACCGGACCCGCACCCGUCCCCGGCACCGCCGCCAGUCCCACCCACGGCGGGGAAUGGAUCCCCGACACUGUCGCGUCCAGAGCAGCUGCGCUGGCCCAGGCAAAAGCCGCCCAGCAGGCUGGUGUCGCUGUUCCGACAGGUGUCGGAAAGAUCAUGCUUGGCACCGACCGUCAACGUAUCCUUGGCAAGUCGCUCCCGCCCAUCACCGUGCCCGCGAUCCACCUGUCUGGAACGAACGGCAAGGGUUCAACGUCGGCUCUGCUUGAGUCGUGUCUCAUGGCCGCCGGGUUGAAAACGGGCAGGUACAAUUCACCUCACCUCGUUGAGCCUCGGGACACCUGCCUGUUCAACGGUCAGGUGGUGUCUUCCGAGGAGUACGCGGAGAACGUCGCAUUUGUGCAGGCGAUCGCCGACAAGGAGCAGCUCCAGUCGACGACGUUCGAGGUGUCGACCUGGGCAUUCUACCGCAUGUGCAUCCUGCGCAAGGUCGACGUAAUGAUCGUGGAAUGCGGCAUCGGAGGUGGCCGAGACGCGACAAAUAUCCUCCCCAAAGAAAUCGUGCUCGCCUCGGGUCUCUCGUCCGUCUCCCUCGACCACACCGCCAUCCUGGGUGACACCAUCACCGAGAUCACGUCUGAUAAGGCCCAGAUCGCCGUUGAGGGUGGAGUGCUUGUGAGCACGCCGCAUCAGAACCCUGAGGCGACUGCAAAGGCAAAGGAGGUUUGUGCGGAGAAGGGCGCGCUGUUCGUGCAGGCAGAGCAGAGCACGGAAGUCGAGGCACCCGGGCCUAUCGGUCUUGCUCCGUUUACACCACCUCGGCCGCCACUGAUCCGCACCCCGCUCAAGGGCAGUCCUAAGGGUGCCAUCGAGACCCGACUUCCACUCCCUGGUGCCCACCAACUCGACAACCUCUCGCUCGCCCUCACGAUUCUCGACUACAUCCGUACCGACCCUCGUGCGCUCAACAUCCAGCCGAAGCUCCGAGGUCUGACGGACGAGGCGAUUCAGAAGGGAGUCGCCAGCACCCAGUGGCGCGGCCGCUGCUCGUGGCUUACAUUCCGAGGGCCCAAGCGUCCGAUUCCCGUUCUCGUCGACGGUGCGCACAACUUUGAUUCCUCGACGACCCUGCAGCGGUACAUCGAUACUCUGAACCUUCCCGCGGGUGCGCCACGGACGUUUGUGCUGGCGAUGUCUGCCUCGAUAGGGAAAAGCCCCGACGGCGUCGUCCGCCCGCUGCUGCAGAAGGGCGACCGUGUCGCUGUGCCGCGCUUCACGGCACCAGUUGCUGGAAUGCCAUGGAUCACGCAGACGGAUACGGAUAAGGCGCGCGAUACGGUUAUGCCGUUCAUCGGCGAGGAGGGCGUGUUCUACGAGGCUAAGGGCAUGGGCGCUGAGAGCGUGGCCGAUGCCCUGCGCUGGGCCGACGAGCAGCAGAAGGAGACGGGAUUCAUCGUCCUGUGCGGAAGUCUGUAUCUCGUUGCAGACGCGUACCGCCUUCUGGAGCUUCAGGCGAAUGAGUCUUCAGCCUGA